AUGACUCAUCCUGUCUCUUCCACCACCUCCUCCUCGUCAUCGUCUUUCUCGUCGCAGCAGUCACCGGCCCAUUCUUCGCAGCUUGUACCAUCGACUUUCCCCACACCAGGCGCGGUUGCUCCGGCCACUUUCACACCAGCUUCGGCACACGCGGCAUCACCGUCGCAUGCUUCCACCUCGGCAGUGGAUGCGUUGAAUGCGCCUCAGCCGUCCUCUUCCAAAAUCACAACAACAACAACAGCAGCAGCAGCAGCAGCAGCACAGCCACCACCACCGCCAGAAGUGACGGCAAUCACAACGGAAACGGCAGCAGCAGUUGCAGCUGUGCCAUCAGCUUCCGUCAAUGCAGCUACAGCCCAAGAAGCAACCUCAACGUCGAACGGCACCGCCAAAGUACUGCCUUACCUGUUCGACGAUGCCCACAUCGACGACGUGCUCGUGCUGGUUGUCGACAUGCUCGUCAAACUCACCGAGCAUAACGAUUCGCUCCCACUCCAUCCUUCCGCCCUCACGCGCUUCCAUUCACGCGCAACACCCAACAUCACACUGUCGGCCUACCUGCGUCGAAUCGCCAAAUACACCUCGAUCGAGAAAUGCUGCGUGCUCAUCCUGCUCGUCUACAUCGAUCGCGUCUGCGAACGCCUUCAAGGCUUCACCAUCUGCGGGCUGACCGUGCACCGUUUCAUCUGCGCUGCCAUCCUGUGCGCGUCCAAAGCGCUGUGUGAUGCAUUUAAUACCAACGAGCAUUACGCCAAGGUCGGGGGCAUCAGUUUGCAGGAGAUCAAUCUGUUGGAGAAGGAGUUCUUGCAGAUCAUCGAUUGGCGGCUGAUCUGCAGUGGAGCCGUGUUGCAGCAUUACUAUGCGAGCUUGGUGCGCAGUCACAAGGAUUACCUGCUGGCCGAGCCCAAGGCGGAGCAGCACGAAGUUGCGGUUGGGAUGGAGGUAGAUGCGGUCGAAGGUGGCGUGGACUCGAAUGAGAAUGGCAAUGGGAGGUCGAGCGAAAGCAGUGGUAGUGGCAAUGGCAGCAGUGCAAGCGCACCAAGCAGUGGUCGACUCGCAGCAGCGCCAGCAGCGCCAGCAGCACCCAGUACCAACGCUACACCAGCCAUGGCCAGCAGUCAACACAGCUCGCCCUUCCCCAUCAGCAGCAGCAGCAGCGCCAGCCCGUACACACCAUCUUCUGCCAAUCGCAGCAGUGGACUUGUAGCCACAGCUACCACCGCCAGCUCCACCUCGGGCAACAGCGGCAGCAUUCGUGGCGCGCCUCCCUCCACCACCACGAGUCCGGUAUCCGCGAUGCAGGUGGAUCCGGAACCUGCGCUCUCAGCAGCAUCGUCGACGACGAGUAGGAGAAGGAAAGAUCAGCAUCGUACGCCGCCUUAUCCGCGCGAUCUCGCCGCUGUGGGCCUGGUCGAUCUACCGCGCGAGAAUGGGUUCGGUGUACAACAGCAGCAGCAGCAGCAGCAGCAGCAGCAGCAGCAGCAGCAGCAGCAUCAGCAUCCGCAUCAGCAGCAUCAGCAGAGUAGCGUCAAUGGCGGUGCGGACGCAUACAAGAGGAUCCGAUUCGAUCAGCCUUCUAGGCCGUAG